GGCAUUGGUUGAAUCGACAAGGUACGGAAUACGGAAUACGGAAUACAUGUACAGGGAUAUGAUGGUGUGGUGGGGCGGCAGGUUGCAGUAGGUAAAUGCAUGUGCUACUGAGAAAGAUUUAUCGAUAAGGAGAUAUAAGAUAGUACGUACCUACGGAAUACUCAACAAGCAAACUGCCCGAAGAGCUCUCACUCAUCGAUUCUCUCAACUACAUCUUGGUAUGGGUAUUUCGGUACCGACCAAGGUCCUUGGAAUAGUGAUGGAAUGAGGUCUAUCAUAACCCACCGUUCGAUAUGGCGCCAAAAGUCCUCAACCGCUCCACUCAUUAACACCAUCUCCCAUAAACGCUCAUUCAACCGCCAUGGACGCCCCUUCUCGGACUCAACUCGCCCUUUAAUAUACCCCGACGCCAUAAAUAGCGAGCACAAUGAUCUAGCAUCAUACGCUGCCUACGCCGCCCGCACAGGCCUAGACGUCAAGUCCACCACGUACGUCGGCACGCGGUACGAGUACACCGUAGCCGACUCGCUCGGCGCCCUCGGGUUCGACCUGAAGCGCGUAGGCGGGCGCUCCGACUGCGGCAUCGACCUGCUAGGCACGUGGCAUGUACCCUCCUCCCCAGGCCAUGCCCUCCGUGUCCUCGUGCAAUGCAAGGCCCAAGUAUCGCAGAGCUCAAAAAUCGGCCCGCAUCACAUACGCGAGCUCGAAGGCACGUUCGCGGGUGCGCCGCCAGGAUGGCGCGGCGGCCCCGGCCUUCUGGCAUUCCUGGUCUCCCAGAAGCCGGCUACUAAAGGUGUCCGCGAUGCGAUGGCCACCAGCAGCUGGCCUAUGGGCUAUGCCUUGUGCUCGCAGGACGGCGGGCUGGAGCAGAUGUUGUGGAAUAGCAGGGCCGAGGAGGAAGGGCUAGAAUCAAUGGGUGUUACUAUCAGGUUCUCUGAUAACACUGCCAAAAAGGCCGGGAAACAACUGACUUUAACCUGGAGGGGUAAGCCAUAUCUUGCAGGACCAGUCUUCGGUAAAUGAACCAGCCCAUGCCUUUAUAUGUAUAUUAUGACUGGGAUGAGUGUUCGUCAGAAGUCGAAGGGGAAAGGAAAAACGUCAUUCAACCACACAAACCCAGUGUAUUAUAAUAUCCUAUGUAUAUAGUUCCCUGUCGUCCGACUAUAAAACUGUCUACUAGCUAUAAAUAUGUAUAAAGCACCCAUAAGAAUAUAAAGCGACGCUGCCCCGAUUU